AUGGGCAAGGGACCUAUGUCUGCACCGGAGCAGUUUGGACCGGAUGAGGUCCGCUUGCUGAUCAAGCUGGAGCGCAUAGGAGGCUGCAUCAGCUUGGUCGCGGUGAUGCUCGUCUUCAUUGUCUACGCUUUUUUCCCCAAAGUACGCAAUGUCCAAAACACAUUCAUCGUCUUUGCGAGCGUGUCGAAUGCUGGAGCGAGCGUGGCUACCAUCAUUGCCUUUGACGGACUCAGAAAAGGCACAGGCUCAACAUUGUGCAAAGCGCAGAGCUUUCUUUUCGAGAUGUUCAUGCAGUCUGACCCUUGGUGGUCCCUGGCAAUGGCCGUCAACGUCUUGCUCGUCUUUUACUUUCGUGCCACGCCUGAUUCCUUUGCCCGAUGGUGGUGGGUGUAUUGCCUCGUAUGCUAUGGUGGACCCUUCGUCAUCGCCCUCACGUUGCUGCUCACGAAAAACGCUGCCAAAGGCCCGAUAUAUGGCGAGGCGACGAUCUGGUGCUGGGUCGACAGACAGUGGGAUGACAUUCGAAUCUACACAUACUACAUGCUCAUCUGGAUUUGCAUUGCCGGCUCUCUGCUCUGCUACGCCUUGGUUGGCUACCAUGUCUUUCGGUCGAGGGACAGGCUUCGUAGUUUAACAGCCUCUAGCAGAGAUCCAGCUGUUGAAAUGCCACGCAAUGAUGAGAAUACGGGGAGCUACGCGACUGUUGUGACCGAGGUGCAGGUCACAUCGACUGCUGGCGAACCUCGAUCAUGCCCAACAUCGUUGCCACGACCAAAGCCGGCGGAGAUCAACACGCAGAUUCCCGUGCAGAGUGUGUUUGAGCACUCGCCAACAGAGGCUCCCUCUGGGCUUGUCCAAUACUUCUCUUCCGUCGAAUCGCCGAGCCGAAGGCCACGCGAACCACGGCCUCCGCUGAUGCAGAGAGUCAAGUCGUCCAUGGCGUCAGCAGCCCGACGGUUUACUGUGGCCGAUCCUGUCAAGCGGGCAUACCUGAGAACCAGCUUCCUGUUUGCGAUUAGUGUUCUUGUCACCUGGAUCCCGAGCAGUAUGAACCGCAUCCAUGGCUGGAUCGAUGGCCAGUCACCAUACGAGUUCCACGUGGCUACGGCGGCUGUGCUUCCUCUCCAAGGACUAUGGAACUGUAUCAUCUUUUUUGUGACGAGCUGGAAUGUUCUUCAGCGACAUCGUCGAAACACGGCAGCUUCCGCGGCCGCGACCGAGGCAAUUGACAGGUUCCACCAGGACAGCGCCCAGCGCACCACUGCGAGGGCUAGUUAUGGGCAUGGUGAUCCCAGGCGUUAUGACAGCCAUAGCGAGACUGACUUAGGAGACGGAGAUUCCAGAACGAUUAGUAGUGAUAUCGAGCUGCAGCGGCGGUCCAAGUCGCAGGGCACGAGCACGCCUCCAGUGGCAUGA